AUCAGGUAUCCAGAAGCUUCAACUUUGAGGUCUUCUCUUCUCAAUGGCAUUUCUGGAGUAACAUCAGGAGGCUGUGCCAACCUUGAGCCACUAGGAAAUUAAAUAGAGACACAGUUUAUAUAUACUUCUUGAAAAUUUCCAUCAUCUGUGUUCAAAACUUUUGAGAAGCAUAAGGACUUAUUGAAGGUGCUAACAAGGAAAGAACAAGUCAAAAAGACAACCAACUGGUGAGAAAGGUCAUGGAAUAUCCAACAACCAGAUAAUCCCCACUGGAGUAAUUGGGAAGUGUCUUAAUGUAGGCUGCAGAAGUCUUGAAGGUUGAUGGAGGGCCAUGCUAUUCAAACAGCAGGUGUGGCUGAGACAGAAGCUCCUGGUCCUAGGAAGUCUUGCUGUUGGGAGUCUCCUAUAUCUAGUUGCCAGAGUUGGGAGCUUGGAUAGGCUACAACCCAUUUGCCCCAUUGAAGGUCGACUUGGAGCCCGAAAUCAAGCUGAAUUCCCUCUUCGAGCCCUGCAGUUCAAGCGGGGCCUUCUGCAUGAAUUCCGGAAGGGCAACACUUCCAAGGAGCAGGUUCGCCUGAAUGACUUGGUCCAGCAGCUCCCGAAGGCCAUAAUCAUUGGGGUGAGGAAAGGAGGCACAAGGGCCCUUCUUGAGAUGCUGAACCUCCAUCCAGCAGUAGUCAAAGCCUCCCAAGAAAUCCACUUUUUUGACAAUGAUGAGAAUUAUGCCAAGGGCAUUGACUGGUAUAGGAAAAAGAUGCCUUUUUCCUACCCUCAGCAAAUCACAAUUGAAAAGAGCCCUGCAUAUUUUAUCACAGAGGAGGUUCCAGAAAGGAUUUACAAAAUGAACUCAUCUAUCAAGUUGUUGAUCAUUGUCAGGGAGCCAACCACAAGAGCUAUUUCUGAUUAUACUCAGGUGCUAGAGGGGAAGGAAAGGAAGAACAAAACUUAUUACAAGUUUGAAAAACUGGCAAUAGACCCUAAUACCUGUGAAGUGAAUACAAAAUACAAGGCAGUAAGAACCAGCAUCUAUACCAAACAUCUGGAAAGGUGGUUAAAAUACUUUCCAAUUGAACAGUUUCACAUUGUUGAUGGAGACCGCCUCAUCACAGAACCUCUGCCAGAACUUCAGCUCGUGGAAAAGUUCCUAAAUCUUCCCCCAAGGAUAAGUCAAUACAAUUUAUAUUUCAAUGCAACUAGAGGGUUUUACUGCUUACGAUUUAACAUUGUCUUUAAUAAGUGCCUGGCGGGCAGCAAGGGGCGCAUUCAUCCAGAGGUGGACCCCUCUGUCAUAACCAAAUUACGCAAAUUCUUUCACCCUUUUAAUCAAAAAUUCUACCAGAUCACUGGGAGGACAUUGAACUGGCCCUAAAAUGAUAAAUCAUACAACACUAUGUGUUAUGCCUAGAGACAUACAAUGUCUCCUUUAGAUUAAAAUAUGCACUUUUCCAUGUAUACUUGUACAUAUGCAGUGUGUGACCAAAUAUAAAAUCAGUUUUUUUCUACUGAAAAUUGAAAAAUCAAAAUUGCUAUCUACCUAGCUGCAUCUUCUAGGCUAUUGACAAAAAUUUAAGGUAGUGGUAUUGGGGGAAAAUGACUUCAGCUAUUCUCAAAGAGUUAGUCUUCUUUUGAGUCAGAAUUUGUCGUCUACCCUUUUCAUAGACUUAAGCCAAAAGAUUAAUGUGUGAAAUGUACCAAUGGCUGUGAAGCUUCAGGAAGUAGAGGAUUCAAUUAUGCAUCCCUCUCUUGGGGAAAUUUGGCUCUUUAAUUCAGAUACUGAAUUGGUGCCAAUGAAAACAGAAAAUACUAUUUUCUUAUUAUUUAAAAGAAUGUCUUAUCUCAUUGACACUGUCCCAAAGUUUUUGUGGAAAGUUUGCACUAUUGUUUUCUCGUACAGACCCUGGCGUCAUUUGUAGCAUGUCAACCACACAUUGGAAAGUCCAAUCCUUUUACUUCCAUGUUCUAUGUCAACAAAAAGAAAUGUCAUGUACAUAAUGUAUAUUGCUGUAAAUAUUGGUUUCACACUAAGUAAUUCUAUUUUGUAAACUGAAUAUGGCUAUUUAAUUUAUUGUGAAAAUUAAAUUUAUUGUGGUAUUUAAAAAUGGAAUGGAUUAAAAUUACUCUAUGUGCAACAUCUUUUUUUUUUUUACUCAUUUUGUUUUAUGUGCCCCUGCCAGCUUUCACUAUCAAAGCUGUUUAUGUGUAAAUGAGAGAGUACUUGGAAAGAUGCACUGUUCUGUUGGGUUUCUGUACUUUUAUGAAAAUCACAUAUAUGAAGUGAGGUUAAGUAUUUUAAAAAAUAUUUUUAUCAGGGCCAGAGCAAUAGCACGGUGGAAAUGGCCUUUACCUUGCACAUGGCAGGCUAGGGUUCAAUCUCCGAUAUCCCAUUUAAUUCUCUAUGCCAGCCAGGAGUAAUCCCUGAGCACCACUGAGUGUGGCCAAAAAUACUUAUAUAUAUAUAU